GCCACAUCGCCUGCCCGCGCUCCGAGUCCACCGGCCGUCGCCCGCUCUCUCUCCGUUCCAUUACGCUCGAUCAGCAAGCAGGAUGCCGUUACCGGGCGUCACCCCACACCUGGAAUCGCCCCGCGCCAGCCUCCCGCCCCAGGCCCUCCCGCCGGGCGCGUCCCCGCUCUCCGAGGUCACCAACGCCGCCAUCCCCGUCGUGGAGCCGCCCAUCGUGCUCCGCGCACCAGCGAUCGUGAACGCGGCGAAGGCGAGCGCGCUGAAGGCGGAGGAGGACAAGGCGGGCCUGAUCGAGGCCGCCAAGAAGCUCGCGGCGUUCACCGCCGUCGACAGGCAUCUGAGGCCCGAACAUAAAAAGAGCAGGGUGCUCAUGCGGAUGGGCGCAGGCUCGACCGUACCAUAUGUCGUGGAACGGAUAGUCAUGCAGGGCGUCGAGGCAAACAAGGGGCGGGUGUUCAUACCGAGCGGCUUCCAAUCGAAAGAGCUCAUCGUCACCUCCAAACUCCUCCUCGGCGACGUCGACCAAUACCCGCAGAUCGACGUCACCUUUGACGGCGCGGACGAGGUCGACAAGGACCUCAACUGCGUCAAGGGCGGCGGCGCGUGCCAUCUGCGAGAGAAGGUCAUCGCCGAGGCGGCCGAGACGUUCAUCCUCGUCGCCGACUAUCGCAAAAACUCGGACAUCCUGGGUCGCAACUUCAAAGCCGGCGUGCCGAUCGAAGUCGCGCCCUUCGCCUACGCCAAGCUCCUCUACAACCUCCACACCCUCGGCUCGCCCCAAGCAUCCCUCCGCAUGGCCAAAGCCAAAGCCGGGCCCGUCGUGUCCGACAACGGCAACUUCAUCAUCGACGCGCCCUUCCCCGAGGAGAUCAUGCGCGAACCGUACAAGCUCCUGCAGAGCAUCAAGAUGCUCACCGGCGUCGUCGAAGUCGGCCUCUUCUGCCACAUGGCGCGCGCCGCGUACUUUGGCAACCCCGACGGGAGCGUGACGGUGCGCUACCACGACGGCCGCAUCGAGCACGUCGCGAAGGACCAGGCGAGCGAAGAGCCGGUCGCAGACGGGUCCGCACAGUGAUUCGCCCGCGAGCGCGUCCCAGAAGACGAAAGAAAGCACGGGGCGGGUGCACCUCACUGCAGCGAUUCUUCCCUCCAUACGCAAUGUAUACUCCUAGACCGUGGCCGAUAUGAUAUGAUCCUGAUUUU